GGGGUUGCAGGGAGAUGCUUACUCUCCUGAGUUGGGCAGUUUGAGAAGCCAGCCUCUGAAGCAAAAAAGUGGGGAUGAGUAAGCCUCCCAAGGCAUGAGCAUUGUAGUUAGAUGCCAGGCACUUCGUCCGCAAGUAGGGAAGGGGCUGCUAUGACCAGCACCGUUAGGACUCCCUAGGGAGUGGUGCCUCCGGUACUGAAGGAGGACGAGGUCGGUGGGAUGUAGAAGGUGGGUGCUUUUGAUGGAGAGUUAAUUGAGUUUGUCUGAAGGUUGGCUGCGCUAGUUUACGGCCACGUGCAGUGGGUGGGCGGGCCUUUGAGGCGCUACAGGUUAGUGGGGACACUAGUGCAUCAGACUUAGCUGCUGGGUUGAAAGCUUGUGGGCUUUUUGUGUGCCUCCAGUGGGUGCUGUAUAGUGAAAAAUCUGAGGGGCUCCGAUGAAGGUUACUCAGGGUUAUUAAGUGCUAAACAUUCAUGCAGCUGGGUGGUGUGUACUAAGAAUUGCAGGCUUGAGAGAUUUCUGGGCCCUAAAACUUAGCUUGGCUCCUAGAUUCCCAGAGAUGGCCUAACGUAAAUUGGGGUGGUUGGCAGGGACCAUUUUGUAUUAUUCAUUGAUAGGGUGAUGCUAAUCAAUAUAACUUGAAAGAGUGAUGGCAAGUGAAGGCUAGGAGUUUCUCUUACAGCUUCUUGCUUGAAUGGUUUGAAAUGGUGUAAUUUUUGUAAAAUGCAGUCUUAGCAACAAGAAGUGCCUGGGACCUUGUUAACUGGUGUAUAUUGUUAGUGCAUUUCAGAGCAUGUGCAGUUGAAAAAAAUCCUUCAAGUCUGGACAUGUAGGGAAAUCUUUUUUUUUUAAUUAUAGAAAUACAGGACUGGUUGUACUUGUUUUGAAAUUUGGUAGUUUUGAUAGAAUGGAGGAUUUCUGGAUUUAGUAGAAAGCAAUUGUGUUACGGCAUUUUCCAAGAAUUGUUUUUGUAAAAAUUGGGAAGAACUGUUACAGGUGGUUCAAAUAACUUUAUGGUAAUUUAAUUUAUGAAGAAAAUGAAAUGUUUGGCAUGUUUAUAUAAAAGUUAAUGAAGAUGUGCUUAGUAUGUAUUAAUUGGGCAGUUUAAUGAAACAGGCAAUGCAUUUUUAUAUCACUUUCAUAUGUUCAGUUAAAUGUUGAUUACUUUGUUUAUGGAUUGUCAUGCAUAAUUUUAAUUUUUUUAAUGUUCAUAUCUGUUAGGUGAAAAAUGUGAUGCUUUAGAAACCAUUGUUGCAGUUACUUGGAACAUAUAGUUACAUAUUAAUACCAGUACACUUUAGGCUUCUUUUGCAUUCUUUGACAUGUAAAAUAUUUUGAUGACUGCAGAUUGAGAGUUUGGGAGUUGCUGGUACAGUUUUUGGAUGCGAAACUUGAUUUUGUGGGCCUGUGUGUUCAGGUGCUGGAAUCCAUUGACAAUUUGAUGCUGUUUUUCCUCCAUCUUGCAGAAAGCCACUCCCUCACUCAAGUGUGGAUGAAUAUUUUCUUUUGUAGAUGCUGUAGGAAAGAACUGUCAGUAACUAGUUGAACAAAAGAUGUUUUUGGAUAUCCCCCACUAAAAUGCAGAGACUGUUGUCUGGUUUUAUAACUUUUUGCCUGGCCUGCAAGUGCGUAAUGUUUGUAGAGUAAAUGAAUACUGUUAAAUGUUUUAGGUCAACUAAACAGAAAAAUACUUUCAUCUAAAUUAUAGUUUUAUCACAUUUUACUACCAACACCCAUGUACCUUUUGGUUUGCGCGGAGUUUAGUUAAUUGUUUAAAGCCAGCUUUUAAGUCUUAAAGCCACAGUGAAGGUGAAUGUGGUUAGUUAGGUUAGAAGUAAUAGUUUUGCUCUUAAGUUUAAAUGAUAACAAGAUACUUUCGUUGGCAUUUUGGGGGAUUGAAAAAUAACUUAAUAGUAAAAUCUUCUUGGCAGAGGAAUAUCUCAUUUAGAAAUGUCUUCUGAUUUGCUGCCUUUGAGUACUGAAUAGAAGUUAAUGGGAAAAUUGAGUAAUGCAUUAUAAAAGGGAUGUAUCUCCAUCAGUGUCAGAAGAAUUUUUUCAUUAAGAAUGAUCCCAGAAUCUGAAAUGUAUUCCAUUUUGGGGAUGGGGAACAAAAUCAAGUGGAUGAAUCUGGUUGUUUCAUAAUGCCUGUCAUAAUGUGAUUAUACCGCUUAUAGCAUUGUGCCCAUUGCAAUUGAUUCUCUGUUGCUCAUCUCUGAGGUGAACGUUUGAGGGGUUGCUGGUUUCUUGUUCCUUUGGGAUCUGAAGAACCUGGCUCUGCUGUACCCUUGUUCUUGUCGAUUAAAGACUGAUGGAUGUUUUAUUACCAGAUGAAGAGUGGAAAUUAAGUUCUAGUUUGUGCCUUGACUUCUUUCUUGAUAAAGAGUCUAAAAGUUGGUUUUAAUUGGUUGCCCACAGGAUUGACUUGGCCUCUACUUCUUGUUAAGAAAAUACAUCUCUUGUUUUAUCAGGUGUGUGUGGUUUCAGCGCAGCAUGGCUGUGGUCAUCCGUUUGCAAGGUCUCCCAAUUGUGGCGGGGACCAUGGACAUUCGCCACUUCUUCUCUGGAUUGACCAUCCCUGAUGGGGGCGUGCAUAUUGUAGGGGGUGAACUGGGUGAGGCUUUCAUCGUUUUUGCCACUGAUGAAGAUGCAAGGCUUGGUAUGAUGCGCACAGGUGGUACAAUUAAAGGGUCAAAAGUAACACUAUUGUUGAGUAGUAAAACGGAAAUGCAGAAUAUGAUUGAACUGAGUCGUAGGCGUUUUGAAACUGCCAACUUAGAUAUACCACCAGCAAAUGCUAGUAGAUCAGGACCGCCACCUAGCUCAGGAAUGAGUGGCAGGGUAAACUUGCCUACAACAGUACCCAACUUUAAUAAUCCUUCACCCAGUGUAGUUACUGCCACCACUUCUGUUCAUGAAAGCAACAAAAACAUACAGACAUUUUCCACAGCCAGCAUAGGAACAGCUCCUCCAAAUAUAGGACCUUCCUUUGGGAGCCCAACCUUUAGCUCGACUGUUCCAAGUACAGCCUCUCCAAUGAACACGGUCCCACCGCCACCAAUUCCUCCAAUCCCAGCGAUGCCAUCUUUACCACCGAUGCCGUCCAUUCCCCCAAUACCAGUUCCUCCUCCAGUACCUACAUUGCCUCCUGUGCCUCCUGUGCCCCCAAUUCCCCCAGUUCCUUCUGUGCCACCCAUGACCCCACUGCCACCCAUGUCGGGCAUGCCGCCCUUGAAUCCACCACCUGUGGCACCUCUGCCUGCUGGAAUGAAUGGCUCUGGAGCACCUAUGAAUCUGAACAAUAACCUGAACCCUAUGUUUCUGGGUCCAUUGAAUCCUGUUAACCCUAUCCAGAUGAACUCUCAAAACAGUGUGAAGCCACUUCCCAUCAACCCUGAUGAUCUCUAUGUCAGUGUGCAUGGAAUGCCCUUUUCUGCAAUGGAAAAUGAUGUCAGAGAUUUUUUCCAUGGGCUCCGUGUUGAUGCAGUGCAUUUGUUGAAAGAUCAUGUAGGUCGAAAUAAUGGGAAUGGAUUGGUUAAGUUUCUCUCCCCUCAAGAUACAUUUGAAGCUUUGAAACGAAACAGAAUGCUGAUGAUUCAACGCUAUGUGGAAGUUAGCCCUGCCACAGAAAGACAGUGGGUAGCUGCUGGAGGCCAUAUCACUUUUAAGCAAAAUAUAGGACCUUCUGGACAAACGCAUCCCCCUCCUCAGACACUUCCUGGGUCAAAAUCACCCAGUGGGCAGAAAAGAUCAAGGUCAAGAUCACCACAUGAGGCUGGGUUUUGUGUUUACUUGAAAGGGCUACCAUUUGAAGCAGAAAACAAACAUGUCAUUGAUUUUUUUAAAAAGUUGGAUAUUGUGGAAGAUAGUAUUUAUAUAGCUUAUGGACCCAAUGGGAAAGCAACUGGUGAAGGCUUUGUAGAGUUCAGGAAUGAGGCUGACUAUAAGGCUGCUCUGUGUCGUCAUAAACAAUACAUGGGCAAUCGCUUUAUUCAAGUUCAUCCAAUUACUAAGAAAGGUAUGCUAGAAAAGAUAGAUAUGAUUCGAAAAAGACUGCAGAACUUCAGCUAUGACCAGAGGGAAAUGAUAAUAAAUACAGAGGGGGAUGUCAACUCCGCCAAAGUCUGUGCCCACAUUACAAAUAUUCCAUUCAGCAUUACCAAGGUGGAUGUUCUUCAGUUCCUAGAAGGAAUUCCAGUGGAUGAAAAUGCUGUACAUGUUCUUGUUGAUAACAGUGGGCAAGGUCUAGGACAGGCAUUGGUUCAGUUUAAAAAUGAAGAUGAUGCACGUAAGUCUGAACGCUUACACCGUAAAAAACUUAAUGGGAGAGAAGCUUUUGUUCACAUAGUUACCCUAGAAGAUAUGAGAGAGAUUGAGAAAAAUCCCCCUGCCCAAGGAAAAAAGGGAUUAAAGAUGCCUGUGCCAGGUAAUCCUGCAGUACCAGGAAUGCCCGGUGCGGGAAUGCCUGGUGCCGGAAUGCCCAGUGCUGGACUGCCGGGUACCGGAAUGCCCGGUGCCGGAAUGCCCGGUGCUGGAAUGCCUGGUGCCGGAAUGCCCAGUGCGGGAAUGCCCGGUGCAGGCCUGCCCAGUGCUGGACUGCCCGGUGCGGGAAUACCUGGUACGGGAAUGCCCAGUGCAGGAAUGCCCAGUGCAGGAGGUGAAGAGCAUGCCUUCCUGACUGUAGGCUCAAAGGAGGCCAACAAUGGGCCUCCAUUUAACUUUCCUGGUAAUUUUGGUGGGUCAAAUGCCUUUGGGCCACCACUCCCUCCUCCAGGAUUAGGAGGGGCCUUUGGUGAUGUUAGGCCCGGUAUGCCUUCAGUUGGAAACAGUGGUUUGCCUGGUCUAGGACUGGAUGUUCCAGGUUUUGGAGGUGGACCAAAUAAUUUAAGUGGGCCAACAGGAUUUGGAGGGGGCCCUCAGAAUUUUGGAAAUGGCCCUGGUAGUUUAGGUGGCCCCCCUGGUUUUGGAAGUGGCCCUCCUGGUCUUGGAGGUGCCCCUGGGCAUUUGAGUGGGCCGCCAGCUUUUGGGCCUGGGCCUGGGCCUGGGCCUGGCCCAAUCCAUAUUGGUGGUCCCCCUGGUUUUGGAUCUAGUUCUGGAAAACCAGGUCCAACAGUAAUUAAAGUGCAGAACAUGCCCUUUACUGUGUCUAUUGAUGAGAUUUUAGAUUUCUUUUAUGGCUAUCAAGUAAUUCCAGGCUCAGUGUGUUUAAAAUACAAUGAAAAAGGUAUGCCCACAGGUGAAGCCAUGGUGGCCUUCGAGUCUCGGGAUGAAGCUACAGCUGCUGUCAUUGACUUAAAUGACAGGCCUAUAGGCUCAAGAAAAGUAAAACUUGUAUUAGGGUAGCCACUCAUCAAUUCUUUAUAGGAUAGUUCUUCAUAUUGCUGUGAUUAAUGCAUCCAGAUUGUUUUCCUAGUAUUUCCAGGUUAGAACCUGUGGAUUGUUUCAAUUGCAUAUAGAUUGGUUUCCAUAACAUAGAGCAUUGGUUGACUGUUUACAGAAGACUCACUACCAGGAUAAACAUUGCUGUGUGUUACAGUAAAGCUAUCUGGAGAGAACACAAAAAUGAUUUUGGCAUACCAUUAGAGAAACCAUUUGUAAAACUCAAAUGACCACAUGAAGCUUAUCAAGGAGUCUAGAUUGGUUUUGUUUUAUAUCAUAUGGGAUGAAGAAAAUAGAAAGUAGAGCUCAUUGAGGGUGUUCUUGCCAGCUGCUGAAAAAUAGAAGUUGGCUACUUUCGGAAUUUGGUUUAAAGCUGGACAGUUUUGCUUUGUUAUAGGGUAAAGCUUUGUCUAAAGUCCUCAUUUUCUUUAAAAAUUGAAUAAAAUCUCUGUAUACAGAUUCAUUGUAUGUACCUUUAUUGCUUCUUGAGGGUUCCUGCUGUAUAGACAGUCCUGCUUCAGAAGUUGCUGCUUUGUUUACGUAAUUGACUCAUUUGUAAAUGAGCAGAACUGUUUUGUUGGGUUUUUUUCCUAAAUAUAAAACUCCACACGUGGUUUGUGCUAUAACCUUGAACUUUGAUGUCACACUUAGAACUGUGUGGAAUAAGACUUGCCAUAAAAAUAAACUAUGGAGUCCUUU